AUGUCCCCUUUUACCUUCACCCUCUACACCACCGAUGUCAGCCACUGCACAAAGAAGUUUUCUGAUGACUCUGUGGUGGUUGGAUGUAUGAGACUUCGUCCAGAGCUGCAGUUGUUCAGUUCAUCAAGAGAGUCUAUGAUCAUGGCACAGAUUAUGUUUGCACUCUUCGCACUUUUUCUGGUUUCAGUCUGCACAGGACAGGACUUUUGUGUGGGAAAGUGUCCCCACUACAAAGUACUUGAGGCCUACCCGGACUUUGAGGUGCGCUUAUAUGAUGCUUCCACCUGGAUCACUACCAAGGUUGACAGCUCCCAGGCCAGUGAUGUCCUUGCUGCAAAUUCACAGCUGAAGGAUUACGCCAAGAAGCAAACCGAAGCAGGUUUUGAGAUCCCUACUGACUCUUGGCCUGCACUAAUCAAGGUCAAAGAUGGUAAAGGUGAUCCUGAGUUUUCCUUGUCAUGGUUUGUUCCUCCUGCUACCAAAACACCUGAAGAUUCUGAUCCCUUGGUCCAACUGGAAAGUAAACCUGAAGCCACCGUGUAUGUAAGGGUUUUCGGUGGCGCUCCAAGCAUCCAGAGUGGCCAAGAAAAUGCAACGAAGCUUCGUGAGGCCUUGAUUACAGCUGGAAAAAACUUUGAUCAUGACAUUUACAGUGGAGCUGCAUAUGAAUCAUAUUUCUCUCCUGCUCACCACAAUGAAAUUUGGAUCUACGCUGCCUGACAGCAGACGUCAUGAGCUGAACUAAAUCUUUUCAUCAUUUAAUCACAGUGAUAUACGUAAUUUACUGUUUCACUUUCCAAAAUACCAGUAAGUUAGUAAUGCAGUAAAAAAAAAAACAUCAUGUACUGUCUUUUUUUUUUUUUGCAUCAGCAGAUUUUGUGUUCUACACAUCUCCAUAAGGUUUUUUUUUUUUUUUUUAAAUGUGUGUGUUUUGCAGGGUUUUUUUCUAUUUCUUUAUUUGCUCAUUAUUUGCAAAAGCCCUUGUUUUUAAUUUCGUUCAUUAGUAGAAUGUUCCUUCCUGCAGGUCUCCAAUUACACAGAAAUGCAGUUAGACUUGUUUGUGCAAAAGCUGAACAUACCUCCAUCGUCACUGUUUUUGGGCCAUGGCCUGACACAUAAACAUUGCUCACAAAUGAUGAACUACCUUUAGAAACAAAAAGCUCUUCCCAUUUCAAGAAGAAUUUUUGUUUGUAUUGAGAACCUAAGGUUAGCCUUUCUGUUUGUUUGGAUGUAUGAUAUUGUUAUGAUAUGCUAUUGUAAAGAUUAUAUCACAUGAAUCCACUAAAUCUUAAAGAGAAAGAAACUGAUGAUUGAGCGGCGAAAUAUAGAAAGAGACUUUAAAUUUAAUCUGUUCAUACUUCUUUCUAAAUUCCUGACCUUUAUGUUACUCUGUAAUCUAUAUAUGCAAUAAAGAACUUCAAAAUGUU